ACCUCCGCGUCGCUGCCAUCGACCCCAACGCCGUGGCCACAUCACCGCCGCCGGCCGCCGUAUCCAUCAUGCAUCCCCGCUGCCAAUUGCUGUCGGGGCACCUGGCCACCGUCGUCCGCCCCGCGUCGUCGGCCCAGCGAGCCUUUAGCACCUCCGCGUCUCUCGCCAUCAAGAACCCGCUGCAGCGACGCAAAGGCGGCGACCUCGGCUCCCACCUGCCCAAGCACGUUAUAUCGCGAGAUCGCCACAUCCCCGACUACCCGCACGGCGAUCAUGCGCUGUUCAAGCAGGCCGACAGAGGCCUCUACGGCGAGAAAAUGAUCCAAUUCGGCAACAACGUCUCGCGCAAGACCGAGACGAAGACACGGAGGAAGUGGACGCCCAAUGUACUGUCCAAGAGCCUGUAUUCGGUUGCGCUGAGAAAGCGGAUAAAGCUGCGCGUCACCGCAAAUGUGAUGAAGACCAUUGACCGUGAAGGCGGCCUCGAUGAGUACCUGCUCAAGGGUAGUGCUCAGCGUAUCAAAGAGCUGGGCCCAAUCGGCUGGGCGCUGAGGUGGACCUUGAUGCAAAGGCCAGAAGUCAUCGAUCGACUGCGCGCCGAGGCCGCUGCGUUGGGCAUUGACCAGGCCACCAUCGACAAGCAGUGGCCGACACCUGCAAUGCUCGCUCAACAGAGUUAUGCCGAACGGGUAUUGGCCCGCGAGCAAGCUCGCGCUCAGCAAUCGGAGGUCGAGGGUGUUGACCAGGGCAUGUGGGCCGGGGAAGAGGGCGCAGAGGAUGUCGUCGACGGCACUGAAGCAACAAUCAAAGACGCACUCACCACCCAGGAGGUGGAGGCUCGCAAGAAGGCAUAUGGCGAGUACGUCUCUGCGACCAAAGCUGCAAGACGGUACGUGGAAAGAGGCCUCGUCGAUAGUGAAGAAGAAGGAUUGAAGCUCGCCUUCGUCCGCGAGAGAGAGCGUAUUGAUGCCAGAUUGAAGCUUCACGCCCAAUUUACCGAGAAAGCCAAGGACAUGUUCAGCUCCCAGGAUAUCAAAGAAAUUCAAAAGCGGUUUGGGACACCCAACAUGCACAUCUCCCAGUUGCGGCGAAUUGCAUACAGGGAGCAUUUGAGCGCCCAGGCAAAGGAAGCUGGUGGCUGGAAAGCAUACAAUGAAGCCAAACAGGAAGCAAACGCAGAGAAGCUUGCCCAGAUCAAGGCCAAAAUCGACGUGCUCGGUGGUCCUGAGGCAUUGAAGGCCAGCAGAAAGGCUGAGUUUGCAAAGGCUGUUGCGGAGGCCGAGACCGCAUCCACGAACCAGGCACUUGACGAGAACAGACGACAGUACCUCGAAAGCGCAAUCAACAAGGCGGACAUGGCGAUCAAAGCCAAGGCUUCCGGUGGUGUUCAGGAGUACGUGGAAAUGUCAGUGGAGCAAAUCAAGAAAGCGAGCAGCCCAGGCCUUGAUGCAAUUUUCCGAGCAUCGAACAAAGACAAGAAUGCUGGUGGUGAUGCAUGGGCUGCGCUUGUCAACUCGGCGAAGAAACCAGCAGAGAGCAGGCCGAACGCGUAAGGUGGGUUCGCCGAUUGUGGGUUUGCUUGUAUAACUCUGUUGGAAUCUCUUGUACAAUUACAGUAUCAGUCGGAAUAGCGCACUGCCAGACUCCGAUAAUUUUCCAAAUUCUUCGCGCACCAACGUGAUAACAUACACCAGGUGUGCCCACUAUGCUUGCUCUCAGUCCU